AUGUCAAAAUCAAUAUCAUUCGACAUUCUGUUCAGCAUAUUCACUCUUUUACCCGUCAAAUCUCUCCUGCGCUUCAGGUGUUUGUCCAAAUCAUUCCGUUCCUUAAUCGACAGCCCGGAAUUCAUCAACUCCCAUCUGAAUCUCCCUUCUCAAACCAAUCAGAAUCGCAAACUCGUUCUCGGCGAUUGGGACCUCGAGGGCUGCAUCUACAUCAUAGACAUAGAUAAUUCACCAAUUACCAGUUUGUUGAAGAUCGAACACAAGCUCAAGCCUUUAGUGGAAACUCCUGAUAAUUUCAUUCCUGUAAAUCCUGACAGCGUGUUCGGAUCUUGUAAUGGUGUGGUUUCUUUGUAUAACAAAGAAGGAAUCACUCUGUGGAAUCCGUCGACUAACAAGUUCAAAUCUUUUCCCCUUCGGAUUACUAAAGAGUUCACUCUAUUUAAUGGAUUCGGGUAUGAUCCAAUUUCUGAUGAUUAUAAGGCUAUUAUGGUCACUAAACAGUUUUCUGAAGAUUUUUUAAGAGUUCUGAUAUAUAGUGUCAAAAAUAAUUCCUUGAGAAGGAUUCAGGAUCCUAAUACGUAUCAUAACUAUUACGAGCAUUCUGGUGUUCUUGUAGGUUCCGUCUUGCAUUGGGUAGCAAGACCUAGUUAUGACAGAUCUUUAUUUUGUAAUUUCAUUCUUGCAUUUGAUCUUCGUGAUGAAACGUUUCGUGAGGUCCCAUUGCCAUUCCACUGCCGUGGGAUACAAUAG